AAAACACGUCUGUUGAGAUGGAUUGGAGUACACGCACCGGUGCCUCUCACUGGAGUGCAGCGAGAGGUGCCUUGACACGAUAGUGGUGGUAAGUGGCAGCCGCUCCACGCGGACGCAAGCUCAGUAUAGUGUCAACAACUCGCGAGUGUUGCAGCGCACUCCGCUGCCAUUUGUAAAAGGCUCCUCUAUACGCUAAACGUCAACAGUCAACCUCGCAAAUGUCGGGUGACAAAGCCAAGGUGUUUGGUGAUGGAGGCCUAACGCCAGACGACUACACAUAUAGCAAAAACUUCCGGACUGCCUUACCACAGUUCCUGGCCGUUAGCGCGAAAAACUUAGUUCUUUUAGGAUAUGGAAUGACGCUUGGGUUCUCCACUAUUCUCAUGCCAGCCGUUUUGGAUCCCAAAGAUGGCGAAGUUCUACAUUUGAAUAAGUCAGAAAUUUCAUGGAUUAGUUCCAUUAACCUCAUUAUAGUGCCAUUAGGAUGUGCACUAUCCGGUGUAGUGACGUCACCAAUCGGACGUCGAAGGGCUAUGCAGAUGGUCAACGUUCCCUUCUGCAUAGCCUGGUUGAUGUUUCACUUUGCAACUAGUACGGGUCAUUUAUAUGGUGCCCUCUUCAUAACCGGACUAGCAGGAGGUUUACUGGAAGCACCAGUGCUGACAUACGUAGCAGAGAUCACACAGCCACACCUCCGCGGCGCACUGACAGCCACCAGUUCACUGUGCAUCAUCCUAGGGGUCUUCACACAGUUCCUCUUCGGCAUAUUCAUGUACUGGAGAACUGUGGCUCUAGUCAACAUAACAUUCACGGUGACGGCAAUUCUUGCUCUCUGCUUCGUGCCGGAGUCUCCGCACUGGUUGGUGUCUAAGAAACGUUUUGAUGAUGCAAGAAAGAGCUUACAAUGGCUUCGUGGUUGGACAACACCUACUGCUGUGGAAAGUGAACUUCGAGACAUACAGAUCUUAUUCCAAAGGGAGAAAAAAGAUUUAAUUGAAGUUGAGGAAACAAUGUCUGAGAAAAUGUCAUACUAUACGAGGAAGAGCUUCAUGCUGCCAUUUUUCCUUGUGACUUUCACAUUCUUCGUUGGUAAUUUUAGUGGCAUGACAACAUUGCAGACAUACGCGGUGUCAAUAUUCCAAAUGCUGAGGGCGCCCAUUGACAAGUACUACGCAACUUUGAUCCUUGGAGUUCUACAAAUAGUGGGGGCAGGAACUUGCGUCUUGUUGGUUCACUACACUGGCAAGCGACCCCUUACCCUUUUUUCUACCAGCGGAGCUGGAAUCUGCUGCAUACUCGUUGCUAUUUACGACGUAUAUAUCAAAACUAAUGGUUUUACUGAAGCAUUGCAAUCUACAAAUGCUACGUUGACUUCGAUUAACAACUCGUCAACAGAAAUGCUAGAAGAAACGAGGAACCCGCACUCUUGGAUUCCUAUGACGUUGUUGAUGCUACUAGCUCUUCUUGCGCAUACGGGUUUAAGAUUGCUACCCUGGAUUCUUAUUGGUGAGGUUUUCAGUGCCAAAACACGUUCUGGCGGUGCGGGCGUAUCUAGCGCUAUUGGGUAUUUGUUCGGGUUCUUAUCAAACAAACUAUACAUUAGCAUGGUGGACACUUUGUCCAUAUGGGGCACCUACGGCUUUUACGGAAUCGUGUGUUUUGUUGGAGUCAUUGUGUUCUACUUUAUUUUACCUGAAACCGAGGGUAAAAAAUUAAAUGACAUUGAAAACCAUUACGCCGGGAGAUCGAAACUUAACAAUCAAGUUUACAGGUCUCAGAAGAAGGCGUCGAAAGAUGUGUCGAAAAUGCAUGAAAUGAAAGGUGCUGCGAAUCCGACAUUCGAGGAUGAUACUUCAAAGUUAUAGUCCAUACACGUAUCGUACUUGUAACUUGUACAAGAAUACCAGAUAAUAUUUGAACGUGACAGUUACAGUUACCAUAGAUUAUAAUUUUCAUUUUAGUCAACUUAUUUUCGAAAUUACAUAGUGAAUGAUUCUAUCUUUUUGACCGAAACUCAUUACAUAAA